AUGCAUCUUGGGAGGACAUGGCUCCGGCAUGCCGUUCUCUUGAUUCUGUCUACUUCCACUGCCGGAAAUUAUCAGCGCGACCCGUGCGCGACUGCAUUGCUCUUGGUCGCACACCGCGAUGAUGAGACCUUCUUUGCAGGUGAGGCACUGUUAGGCCGCAAAGCUUCGCUUCCCUGGGGGUGCCGCAGGGUGUGGUGGCAUGUGGUCGUGGUUGCUGGAGGAGGUGACCAGAGCACUCGCGAGGAGCUGAACGCAGUCUUGAACAUUGCAAGGUCGCAUACUGUAGCCGCAAUAAUCGUGGAGGAGGUUUGGGACUAUACUGACUGCAACAUGCCGUAUUGCUCCGAGUUUCUAGAUGGAUCCGUUCCGAUACAGAAGCGCCUUCAUGACAUUCUCGCAUUACGCAGCUGGGAUUAUGUCGUGACCCACAACGAGCAGGGAGAGUAUCAUCAUUAUCAGCACGCGGGCCUACAUGUCGCAGUCCGAGAUGCCCUGCAGAAGUUCGAGAACCCGCCGCAGCUGCUCGUGUUCAAUCCCAUGCCCGAGCUCAACGUCUCCGUGAGUCCUGGCAAGGCUCGGAUGCUGGAGGCAUACAUGAGGACCAAACCCACCCGCGCCCGCCAGAUGACCGUGCAGGGUCUCGCAAGAUACACCGAGCACUUGGUUCCCGCGAUCGCCUUCUUCCGACCUGCCCCAUUAGGUGUUGCAUUUGCCCAUUCUAUGCAGGGCGUAGACCUACCGUUUAUGUAUGAUUGGACCCUGAUGCAUCCCGCUGAUCAUUUGCCACCGUUUUCAGCGAAGGAUUGCCUUGUCGUGGUGCAGGAAUUUUUCGGUAACACGUGGUUCAACUUCUGUGGAAGACCUGAUUCUGCACAGUAUCCAGAUGUUUGCAGGGCAUUGAGACGAGAGAAAGACCAGCUUUCUUCCCGGCUGGUGGCUCUUUUCCAGAACUUCGAGGACAUGGCGCAUGCUCAUGAGGUCGGCAAAGUGCCGAUGCCUUCGCCUCACACUCCAACUCUCAGGUGCUCGAAGAUGCGUAGAAUUGGAUCCUUUGGAGAGGUGGUUGGCUGGGAAGUCCUUGCAGAGGUGCGAAAUCCCUGCUAUGUCGUGCUUCUGGUCUUGCGGAGGAUCAUGGUUGGUUGGAAAAAGGGCUACCAAGGGCGCACCUACAAAGUACUUCGCGCAACAGAGCCCAGGCUGCUGACAAGCGUACGCCAGGAGAUGAGUUGGGAUGAGGUUGACCCUGUUACCGUGCAGCCGGACGACGUUGUUGGCUGGCAGAUCUUCUUGCAGACAGAUGACAUUAGCAGCCUCAGCAAGUAUCCAGUUGUGCCGGAAGACGGCGCAGACGAGUUUUGCAUCGGUGGGCGUGGCUGUGAUGAGGCGGGCCUUUGUACCUUUGACAUUCAGCCUCCAGAGGAACUGAUGCCAGAUCUGCUUGUGCAGAAGGUCUCCGUGCGAGUCAUGCCACGUCGCUCUCCGCGGCAAGCACAACGAAAUCCUUUCUUCGACGUGAUGCCUGCCCUAAACAUCUCGGAGUACGUUGAUGAGAGUACGACAUACGAGGAGCUUAUGACCAUAAGACAAAAGCUCGACCACUCUGACUUGGGCAUGUUCGAGGACAAGAUCCGCUUGCGAACAGAGCUUUUGCCUGCAGCCGGAGUUCUCGCCACACCGAGCAUCCACCUGUCGAACACCGACUUCAACAUUGCCCACUUAAUUGCAGGGCGACAGAGCUACGUGGUCAAGCCUUCGCACAUGUCCGAGUCGCAGAACGUUUUCGUUAUGCACAACGGAAUGAAUCUACUGCGACAAGCUUGGGGCUGGCCCGGGACAUCAUCGAUAGAGGAAAUUCAGGCUGCCGUGCACCAGUUUUCCGAGCAAUCGGCACUGGACUGGGAGUGCAAGGCACUGGUGGCAAGCCAGCCUGGAGUUAUCGUGGAAGAGCUCGUCCUCGCUGAGGUCGGCGGCCGGCUUGCGGUGGACGAGUUCAAGUUUUACACAGUCUUUGGCAAAGUGGCUUUCGGAGAGGAGAUCUUCUCUUCAGCGGGCACUGUCAUGGAGAUUGAUCGUGAUGGGCAGAUCUUGACAAACAAGAUGGAGUGCCCGCCUUUUUGUGUGCGGCCUUGCUACACACAAAUGGUGGAAAUUGCUGAGAAGGUGGCAACCCAUGCAAGAGCUGACUUUCUGCGUGUGGAUGUUCUAGUUCAAGGGAGCUGCAGUGGCCUUUACGUGAGUGAGGUGGAGCUUUUUCCUGCAAGUGAUUUCAGUCCCUUCCUGAAGGAAGCUGUUGCGGCCCGAUGGCGCGAGGGCUAUGCUGCCUGA